AUGGCCGCUCGUCGCUCACUCCUUCGCGCAGUCCCCGCAUUGUCUGCCAGACGAGCACCCCAGAUUACACACGCCUCCCUCAGAAUGUCACCAGCACAGCAGACGGCAACGCGCCGACUACAUGCUACCGGCAAACACCUGGCUGCCGCCGCUGCACAGGCAGACUACCCGACUACUCAUGCAAAGAUCGAACAGGUCGCCGACACGACCAACUUCAUCGACAACCAGUUUGUCCCUUCCCAGGCAUCGACCUGGAUCGAUCUCCAUGAUCCCGCGACCAAUAACCUCGUCACCCGCGUUCCUCAAAGCACUGAUGCAGAGUUGAAGGCGGCCGUUGAGUCCGCGCAAAAGGCCUUUCCCAAAUGGCGAGCCACUUCCAUAAUGACGAGACAACAGAUCAUUUUCCGCCUGACACAUUUGAUCCGGCAGAACAUGGACAGAUUAGCCGCUUCAAUUACUCUUGAGCAGGGCAAGACGUUUGCUGAUGCCAAAGGCGAUGUGCUCCGUGGUCUUCAAGUCUGUGAAACUGCCUGCGGAAUCACCACCCAGAUGCCCGGCGAGGUCAUCGAAGUUGCCAAAGAUAUGGAAACGCGAAGCUACCGUGAGCCUCUCGGUGUGGUUGCUGCGAUCUGCCCCUUCAACUUCCCCGCCAUGAUUCCUUUGUGGUCGGUUCCACUGGCAACAGUGACGGGAAACUGCUUGAUUCUCAAGCCCUCUGAACGCGACCCUGGUGCAACCAUGAUCAUCGCAGAGUUGUGCAAAGAGGCAGGCUUCCCCGAUGGUGUGGUCAACGUCGUUCAUGGUGCUGCCAAGACGGUGGACUUCAUCAUCGAUGAGCCUGCCAUCAAGGCCAUCUCUUUCGUCGGCUCCAACCGUGCAGGAGAGUACAUCUACACCCGGGGUUCGGCCAACGGCAAGCGUGUUCAGGCCAACUUGGGCGCAAAGAACCACGCUGCUGUCCUUCCGGAUUGCAACAAGAACCACGCUCUCAAUGCCAUCACUGGCGCCGCUUUCGGCGCCGCAGGUCAGCGAUGCAUGGCGCUCAGCACCCUUGUCAUGAUUGGCGAGACGAAGGACUGGGUUCCUGAGAUCGCAGAGCGUGCUAAGAAUUUGCACAUGAAUGGUGGAUUUGAGGAGGGCGCCGACCUUGGCCCACUGAUCAGUCCCCAGAGCAAGAAGCGCGUGGAGGACUUGAUUCAGAGUGCCGUCGAUGAGGGCGCAACUAUCGUGCUUGAUGGUCGUGGCCAGAAACCCGCAAACUAUCCCAAUGGAAAUUGGGUCGGCCCAACAAUCAUCGCCAAUGUCAAGCCCCAUAUGAAGUGCUAUCAAGAAGAGAUCUUCGGCCCAGUACUCGUGUGCCUGAACGUGGAUACAACCGAGGAAGCGCUUGAGCUUAUCAACUCCAAUCAAUACGGCAAUGGGGCCGCUGUUUUCACUCGAUCAGGAGCCACCGCAGCGUUGUUCCAGAAGGAGCUCGAGGCUGGACAGAUUGGUAUCAACGUCCCGAUCCCAGUGCCGUUGCCCAUGUUCAGCUUCACAGGUAACAAGAAGUCUGUCGCGGGUACCGGUAUGUCCAACUUCUACGGCAAGGAUGGUCUAAGAUUCUACACCCAAUGGAAGACAGUGACCAGCUUGUGGCGUGCCGAGGACGCGUUGGCCACAGAGAAGCAAGUCGCCAUGCCCACUCACUCAUAA